AUGUGGCUUUUCACAUUUCUUGCUGGCAUUGGCUGGUCUUACGGCGACUUAGCCUGGCAGUGGACCAGCCAGCAAGGCACGAGUAAAUGGGAUUAUGCCACCGCCUUACAGCUGGAUUCGCAUGGCGACAUCAUCGUCGCCGGGGAUGUGGCAGGCUCGUUUGGGAAUGCCACCAACUCCGGCUCCAACGAUGUGUUUUUGAUGAAGUUCAACCAAUCAGGAACUUGGCAAUGGACCAGCCAGCGUGGUAGCAAGAAAUCUGACAAUGCCAGAGACCUUCAGAUUGACCCAGCUGGUAACAUUUUAGUGGCAGGCUACACAAGCAGUUCCUUGGAUGGCAAUGUUCAUUGGGGCGGUGCAGAUAUCUUCGUCUCAAAGUAUGACAAGGAUGGAUCCUGGCUGUGGACACGCCAGCGAGGCAGCAACGACUGGGAUUAUGGACGAGCGCUCCAACUCGAUGACUCAGGCAGCAUCUAUAUAGCUGGCUACACUGGCGGUUCCCUUGAUGGCAACAAGAACUCUGGAGGCUACGACUUCUUUCUGAUGAAGUUGAAUUCUGUGGGAUCUUGGAUGUGGACUCAGCAGCGUGGCAGCAGCUUUUGGGAUUAUGCUCGAGCAUUGCGAAUUGACGCCGGAGGAAACAUCUUGGUUGCCGGCUACACAAGAGGAGACCUUGAUGGCAAUGAGAAUGCUGGUGGCAAAGACGUGUUCUUGUCCAAGUUUGGUGGUGAUGGAGCUUGGCACUGGACGCGCCAGCAGGGGAGUGCCAGCGAUGAUGAUGCCAUGGACCUUGGCACCGAUGCGGCGGGAAGCAUUUUCAUCACAGGUGAGACUUCUGGAGCUUUGGAUGGGGAAAGCGCUGGAAGCUCCGAUGUUUUCUUGAUAAAGUUCGGCCACGAUGGUGUCAGGGAGUGGACGCGCCAGCGAGGCACGGAGAAAUUUGAUGUGGCCUGGGCACUCGAAUUGGACCUGCUGGGAAACAUUCUCGUGGCAGGAUACACUGGCGGCUCACUGGAUGGUCAUGUCAACGCUGGGAGUUCCGAUGUCUUUGUGAUGAUGUUUGACUCGUCGGGCUCUUGGCAGUGGACUGAGCAGCGGGGAACUCUGCUUUGGGACUAUGCACGGGCACUCAAAGUCAACGCUGCCGGGGAUGUUUUUCUUGCUGGUUCAACGCAAGGGCAGCUUGACAAUGGCCACUCCAGUGGUGGUGAAGACCUCUUUGUCAUGAAGUUCAAGCGUUCGAAUGGUAGUGUGCAAGCUCACAGCGGGCUGGAAGGUCAUUUCCUGACCCUUGGCCUGAUGGACCUGAGUGUGUGGUGCUACGAAUGCGAAUCCUACGUUGAACACGAGGCUCUGCAGCCUUUGGUCACGCGAAUGCAACGCUUGAAGUUCGGCGGCGAAGAGGAGGAGGAGCCAGAGCCCGAGGUUGGCAGCGUCUUAGACGCUGACCCGCAGUCGGCGCACGGCUUCCUGGGUGAUCCCUCCUGGCCUCUACCGCGCCUGGCAAGUGCUUGCGGUGAGGAGGCCCGGCCUGGAUACAAGACCAUGAAGGCACACGAGUAUUUGGAUGAGCCGGCUGUCCUGAAAGCAAAAGUGCAGCUACUGGCUGACCUCAUAGUCCGAAGCCAGAACUGUAUUGCAUACACAGGGGCAGGCAUCAGCACAGCUUCUGGCAUCAAAGACUAUGCAACGAAGGCCAGCUCUUCAUCCUCUUCCUCCGCUGCAAGAUCACCCUGGCUUGCGGAACCAAGUUAUGCUCACCAUGUCCUUGUCGCGCUCUGGAAGAGUGGAAACCUGAAGCACUGGGUCCAGCAGAACCAUGAUGGCCUACCACAGAAGGCAGGCUUCCCGCAGAAGGACAUCAACGAGAUUCACGGUGCUUGGUGGGACCCCUCCAAUCCAGUUGUGCCCAUGGAUGGAACACUCCGGUCAGAUCUGAUUCAGUGGAUGCUGGACUGGGAGAGCCAAGCAGACCUCUGCUUGGCCCUGGGGACUUCCAUGGUGGGCAUGAACGCAGAUCGCAUGGCCGUGGCCCCUGCCAAACGCGCGCAGCGACUGCCCAAAGACCAGGCGCUGGGAACCGUCAUCGUGGCCCUUCAGCAGACGCAGUAUGACCAGAUCUCGUCUUUGAGGAUCUUUGCGCGGUUGGACGACGUCCUCAGGGAAUUAGCCGAAGUCUUGCGGCUGGACGUAGCAGCGGAGCCGUCACCGAGCCAGCGGCGCCUGGAGGCAGUGGUGCCGUACGGCCGGGAUGGUCGGAAGUCCGCCACAGAGCAGCUGCACCUGGACCUCCGUGUUGGCAGCAAGCUUCGCGUGGUUGAUCAGCCUGAUUGGGAUCAUGCGAAGUAUGGGGGCGUUUGCGAAGUGGUCGAGGCACCGAAGGAGCUGGCCCAGCAGGGGCAUGUGCAGCUGCUGUUCACCGGUGAUGGCUUGAAGAAGCAAGUCACGCGCUUUCUUGGUGGCUGGUGGAUCGAGGCCGCAAUCAAGGGCGAGGUCGAGAAGAUUCCAGUCGUGCCUGCCGCAUGA